UCUAAAAGUGAAUCAUACAUACAGAACAAUAUUCUGACUUGGUAUAAUUUCUAAGAGGAAAAUGGAAAUGGUUACUUUGAGACCAAUGGAAAGAACAAUGAGCUUCAAGAAAGGAAGAAACUUUGAUGAGUUUUAUGAGCCCCAAAGGAAUGAUUUGGAUGAAGAUGAAGUUGUUAAUUCUGAAGAAUCUACAACAUGCUUGAAGAGAAGAAAAGUUGGGAACUUGAAACUUCAAACCACAUUCUCAUUCAAGUACUUAUUACUCCCAUCAGAGAAUCAUUGUGAUGAUUCAAAAAAUGAGAAUAGAGUUGGAGGUGGUGGUGGUGGCAUUAUUGUAAAUAAUAAUGAGCAAAAACCAACAAUUGUGGUUCCAAAAUCAGAAUUUUGGUUCUCAUCACCAAAGCCAAUUAGGGAGCUUGAUGUUGCUGCAAUAAAGCUUCAGAAAGUUUAUAAGAGUUACAGAACCAGAAGAAAUCUUGCAGAUUGUGCUGUUAUUUGUGAAGAGCUAUGGUGGAAAGCUUUGGACUUUGCUGCUCUGAACCGAUGCUCAAUCUCACACUUUGACUCUGAUAAAUCGGAAACAGCUGUUUCAAAAUGGGCAAGGGCUAGGACCAUGGCUGCUAAGGUGGGAAAGGGUUUAUGCAAAGAUGAUAAGGCGCAAAAAUUGGCUCUAAGGCACUGGCUUGAAGCUAUUGAUCCUCGUCAUCGUUAUGGCCACAACUUACACUUAUAUUAUGACAUCUGGUUUCACAGCCAGAGUUCACAACCAUUUUUCUACUGGUUGGAUAUUGGAGAUGGAAAAGAAGUAAAUAUUGAGGAGUGCCCAAGAAGUAAACUACACAAGCAAUGCAUAAAGUACCUUGGACCAAAAGAGAGGGAGGCAUAUGAAGUAACUCUGAAUAGAGGGAAGCUUAUUUAUAGAAAAAACCAAGAGCUUGUUCACACUGCUGAGGGAUCAAAGUGGAUUUUUGUUCUUAGUUCAUCAAGAAUUUUGUAUGUUGGUGAGAAGAAAAAGGGUCAAUUUCAGCAUUCAAGUUUUCUAGCUGGUGGUGCAACAAUUGCAUCUGGAAGAAUGGUUGUCCACAAUGGAGUUCUCCAUGCUAUUUGGCCCUAUAGUGGUCAUUACCGCCCUACAGAGAAGAAUUUCAAGGAAUUCAUAGGAUUCUUGAUGGAACAUAAUGUGGACAUGACAAAUGUAAAGAAAUAUGCAAUUGAUGAUGAUGUCCCACCUUCUACACCUCAAUUUAAGUCCAAAGAAGGAAAUGUUGAUUCAAGUGAUGACUCAUCCAAUGGCAACAAUAAUUGUAAUAAUCAAGAAAAUGUGGGUCAUUUUGGUACCAAUGUUGAAGAUUCAAAACCCAAAGAUAGCAAGAAUUUAUUGGGUAAUAAAUGGACAACAGGAGUUGGUCCUAGAAUUGGUUGUGUGAGAGAAUACCCUCCUAAUCUCCAAGUUAGGGCACUUGAACAACUCAAUUUUUCACCAAGAGUCAACCAUGGAAAGUUUGACCUUAAAGCUCCAAUUCCAUCUCCAAGACCAAGUCCAAAAGUUCAUCUAUCCCCUAGACUUGCACAAAUGGGUCUUCCUAGCCCAAGGGUAAAUGCUACUCCCACAAAUUAAUUUCUAUCCGCGACGAAUUAGUCCUUGAUUUGUUGGGUUAGAAAAUACGGUAAGAAAUCAAAAAAUUAGU